GCGCUUGUGCAGCAUCGUCGUCAUCCACGACUGUCUUUUCGUGUCCGUUCGUUGUCGCAAAUACAUGUUCUCGUUUCUUAAUUUAGGCUCUAAUCUUUUUGCUGAGUGACUUGAACCUUCUCAUCCGUGGAUCAUCCGCCACCCAGUUCGCAAAUUACAAUGGCAAUGAUGUUCAAACGGUCUCACGAUAGCAAGGCGAAAACGUACAGAGUGGAUCUCCUGUUCAUCAAACGGCUCGCUCGGAUCUUUAAACUCUUCUUUCCGUCAUUCAGAUCAGCUCACACAGCACUAUUCCUCCUAUUGCUCCUGGUGUCUUUAGGAGGUGAAGUUGCUGUUUACUACGUUGGUCUGAUCCCAAGUGAAUACAAUUCAGUUCUACCAGCCAGGAACUUAGAGGGCUUCAUCAAGACAACGUGGCAGUCCAUGCUGUACAUCUGUUUAGUUGCACUGAUACUCAGUGCUCAAUACUACAUCAGCAAAAUGCUGUACAUCCACUGGCGCGAGGCCUUGUCUCUCGUCAUCCACAAGAUGUACUUCAAAGACUUCCGUUACUACCAGUUGAAUGUGCUGAAGAUUGACAAUAUUGAUAAUCCGGACCAGCGUAUCACUCAAGAUGUCGAGAGACUGUGCAAUCAGUUCAGCAGUAUUAUUCCUUUACUAAUCGUCUCGCCUUUCACCAUCCCGUUCUACACUUACAGUGCAUGGGCCGGCACAGGGUACAUUGGACCAGUCAGUAUUUAUCUGUAUUUUGUCCUGGGGACAAUCAUCAACACAUUCCUGAUGGCCCCUGUGGUUGAACGCACUUACAGACAGGAGAAGCUGGAAGGCUCCUACAGGUUCAAGCACGUACAGAUACGUUCCAAUGCGGAAGCUGCAGCAUUUUACGUGGCGGGUCAAAUUGAGAGAGAUAAGACCAACAAGAAGCUGAAGACUCUGCUCGACACCCAAGCCAACCUCGUUAACUUUGAUUUCUGGCUACAAGUGUCAAUAAACUUGUUCAAUUACAUUGGCAGCAUCCUAAGCUACGUGGCCAUUGCUGUGCCGAUAUUUGCAGGGGCCUAUGACAACCUGGACUCCACGGAACUGUACAGCCUCAUCAGUAAGAACUCCUUUGUGUGUAUGUAUUUGAUCUACUGUUUCUCCAAGCUGAUUGACCUAAGCAACCAAGUCACUGAGAUUGCAGGCUACUCUCACAGAGUCGGAGAAUUACUAGAAUCACUCAAGACCUUACCAGAGAAUGACACACUACAGCGAGAGAAAGGCGACCCGGCAAGCAACCGCCUGGUCACCAAGGCAAACUAUGGGUCACCAGUCCAGUUACCAGACCGGCAGGAGUUACUGUGCAACAACAAGGAGGGAUGGCACGAGAUGCAGGACUCUGAAGAUGAGAGCGUUGGGGAAUCCACGGCCCAGGUCCCUGUGGCUUACAAGCUGGACAUGGUGUGCGUGGCCACGCCGGACAGCAAAGAGAUCCUUAUAAAAGACCUCUCACUGGAGAUCAGAGUCGGCUACAAUCUUCUAAUCUCUGGACCAACGGGAAGCGGCAAGACCUCAAUACUCAGGGUCCUGCGUGGUCUCUUCCAGACUCACUCCGGUAACAUCACGGUGGAUCAGGGCUUGGCUCCCGAUGAUGUCGUGUUUAUCCCCCAGAAGCCAUUCUUGACGGACGGAACACUCAAAGAACAGGUCAUCUACCCAAUGAGCAUAUCAUCUUUAGAGACUCCCUCUGAUGCUGACACGUACAUCAUGGAGAUACUGGAUCGAGUGGGACUGCUACAUCUGUAUGAGAGAAUAGGCAGUCUGGAUGGUGCUGAGGACUGGAAUUGGAAUGAUGUUCUGACGCCUGGUGAAAUGCAGUGUCUGUCCUUUGCCAGGGUGUACUACACCAAACCCUUAUUUGCAUUUCUGGAUGAGGCCACCAGUGCGAUCACAGUCCAGCAGCAGAACCGGUUCUACACCCACUGCAAAGCCCUGGGCAUUACGUUGGUCAGCGUGGGCCACAGGGACAGCCUGAAGCGAUUCCACGACGCCCAGCUGGUACUACAAGGUAACGGGGGCUGGUCCCUGAAUGACAUCGUAGAUGCUGAUCUCUGAAUCAUGCACGCAAGGUGUGCGCACCAGGUGGCCCUCUAGUGGUGAUGUGUAACGGGUCUUUUUGCCUCACUCGUACCCACCGCCAAAACAGUGCGCUGAACAGGGCUAAUUUCUUCUGAAUAUGUGACGUAAUUUCUUCGAGUUCUCAUUGGAUAGAAUUUGUUUGAACAAUAUCAAGGGUCAAGCAUUCCACCUUCUCAUGGCACGUGUGCACAGUACGUGCAUUGGUUGAGGCAGUUAGCUUCCCACAGUGCUUUGCCCACCUGUGCUUCCUUCCCAAAAUUGUGUGAAUGAGAUUAGCCAUUGCCAGCGCCCUGUAUGGGUGGUAGGUACGAGCGAAUCUUUUUGCUUGAAAGUUGCCAUUACAUAGUUAAAAUGUGUUUAUGCUAUGCACUAGCUAGAAUGUGUGUAAUAUUACAAUAACAUUAAUGCUGUCUCCUGUAUCUUAUGCAACUUAACAUUAAUGUGCUGGGGUAAGUCGGCAAGUAUAUUGCAAAACAAUCGUGAUUCUAAUAUAAUGACAAUCGUGAUCCCACAUUGUGACAAUUUUUAUUUCAGCCACAAUUUAUUUCUUUAGUAUGUUUCCAAAUUCUGGUAAAAGCUGAAUAAAACCAAAAAAAAAAUCAUGCAUUCCUGUUUAGUUGUGUUUCACAUCGUGUGUGCCAUUUUUUUAGUUGUUUUUUUUUAACGUAAAAUUGUCUAUCAAAUAUUAUAUUUAAAAUUGAUAAAACAUAAAUCAAAGAUUAAAAAUAGACGUUAUGGCAUAAAUAAUUUGAUAUUGAUUCACCAAACAGCUGUCUUCGUGUAGUGCAUUGUCAUUCUGUUGUGCAUUGUUGUUUUGUUGUGUGUGUGUAACAUGUUUAGACCUAGAGUUUAUAUUUUAGAGUGUAGCAGAAAACAAAAAACAUAUUGACUCAGAAUGGGAGUCAGAAAUUUCACAAAAGUGACUGUUGUUAUGUUUCUGUACAGUACUCUUUUUUUUACAAUGUGUUGUGUGUGUCUUGGCUUUCGUGAUAUUUAACACAAAAUUGUUGUGCUUUUUUUGCUCAAUAUGCAGCUUUUUAAGUGAGCUUAUUAUUAAAGACAAUUUUUUCCCUCACUAUGAUAAUAGAGCAUCAAGUGAAUAUAUUAGUUAAAAAUUGAAUCACUCAAAGAUUUUAUUACUACCUGCAAUAUUUUACGUAAAAUCUUAUGUUUUCAAAUUUGUGAGUGAGCUAGAAUAAUUUUUUUAUGACAAAAGGCAGACAGAAUAAUUUCAUAAGGGUGUUUACUGAUCGUUACAUCUAACGAGUUUCAAAUGUCAGUAGUUUGGGAGGUAACCAUGCAGAUAAGUGCGCUGCAAUUGAUCCAGUAGUGUUUUAAGUAUGAAUAGAAAUUUGUGCUGUUUUUAAUUUUGAGAUAUUAAAAUUAACGUCAACAACUUUGACUGCAUCAAACCAUCGGCAUAAUUAAGAUAUUCUUUUUAUCUGUUUUUACUAGUCUUAAUUUUGAGUAAAAUUAAUUUAAGAAAUUUGUUGUGAUAUUUGAGUGAUAUUUUUCCAAAGAACAGAUAAUUGCCAUGUGACUUACUGGGCUAAGAAGUCCAACGAUGAAAAAAAAAUGAGUGCCUUAUGCUAUAUGCUGUGAAAUUAAAUUGCCAAAUUAUAAGUUUUAUUGCCAUGUGAAAUAUAAUUUAUAAAUUAAAUUAAAUAUAAUUUGAGAAUGCUUCCACCAAUAUCAAAUAAUACUUUGAUAGAUUUUCUAGAUAUGACACAGACAAAAAUUAUCUGAAUAUUAUGCAAAGAAGGAUCUGGUAAACACUGUUACAGACUUCUUCAAACAGUCUUUUAUUCCUCCUUUUAAGAUUGUUCCUAUUCUGUCUGUUACUUGUAAACUCGGAUAUGAAAAUACUUGAGUGGUAUUUGAUAUUGUGAGUGCUAACUAAGUUUGAAACAGUGGAUUUUUGCACUGACGUCUUUACACAAAUUUCUCUUUAUUUGGUUCAUAAUAAAUUGUCUUGGUUUUUAUUUCUUUCGAUUGUUAUAACCAUUUUUGUGUUUAUUUUUGGACACAUAUGUUUUUACCACAAAUAUGUAUUUCUCAAGUCUUUUAAGGAAUUAUCCGUAACAUCUUACAGUCAAACUAUCUAAAGUUUCGAUGAAAAAAGAGAUCGAUUUUUUUCUAUGUACUUAAACAAAUUUAGAAUACAAAUUUAUUGCCAGUUAACCUUACAAUAGAUAGAAGUUAAUAAAUAUGACUAAUUCAAAUUGUA